CAACUCCAGAAAUGUGGGUAAAAACGCGUCUCGUCUUUCUGCUAUCCCUCUUUUCCUCUGCAUAUAUAAACGGAUCGCUGGCCUCGAUCGAACCUUCCGAUUAACAAAUAACGAACCUCAAGAACAGGGUUCCUCUCAUUUCUUCUGCGAUUGUGAAUGUCUUUGGCCAUGGGAAGUGGAAUCGGUGAUUGGAGUAAGGUUGCGCGAGGAUUGAUGCCGCCGGCUGCAAUGAUGCUGGUGCAGGUGGUGUUCGCCGGAGUGAACUUGCUGUACAAGCUGGCCUUGAACGAUGGCAUGGACGCGACGGUCCUCGUCGCCUACCGCUACAUUUUCGCCGCCGCUUUCACUACGCCUCUCGCCUUCUUCAUCGAAAGGAAGCAGAGGCCAAAGUUAACAGGGAAGGUACUUGGGCUGGCUUUCCUCUGUGGAUUAUUCGGGGCGGGUCUUGCGCAAAAUCUCUAUGUUUCUAGUAUGCGACUGACUUCAGUUACUUUCGUUUCUGCAAUGAGCAAUCUGGUUCCUGCAAUGACUUUUGUUUUGGCUAUCUCAUUCAGAUUUGAGAAGCUUGGAAUAAGAACAAAUUACGGACAGGCAAAGAUCAUAGGAACGCUGUUGGGAUUGUCUGGUGCAAUGCUUCUCACCUUUUACAAGGGAGUAGAUAUAAAACUCUGGUCUUCAAAGAUUAACCUUCUUAAGGCAACGAAUAAUGGAGGCCGUGGCUCGAUACCUUCACAUCCUAAUGAUAUCCUGGGAUCGUUCUUGGCAGUGUCCAGUUGUUUGUGUUAUGCACUGUGGUUGCUUUUUCAGGCGAAAUUAACUCAACUAUACCCUUGCCAUUGCUCCAAUACUGCAUUGGUGUGCUUGAUGGGGUCUAUUCUAGCUAGCAUUCUAGCCCUUUGUUUUCAGAGGCACAAGAUACAGUGGAGACUUGGGUUCGACAUUAGGCUUCUCACUGCCGCCUAUUCUGGCAUAUUGGCUACUGGGAUGUGCUUCACACUGUUGGGUUGGUGCAUCAUGAAGAAAGGCCCUGUGUAUGCCUCUGUUUUCAAUCCUUUAUCACUUGUGCUUGUCGCCAUUUUGAGCUCAUUUCUAUUGAGUGAGGAGUUAUAUUUGGGAUGUCUGUUGGGAUCAGGCCUGAUUGUGCUUGGACUCUACUUAGUUCUGUGGGGAAAAGGAAUAGAAGAAUCUAAAUUUGGUGAUCAAUCAGUUGAAGAAGCAGUUGCCGCUCGGGAGCUUAUGGAGGUGGUAGUAGUUCGAGAAACUGGUACUCAUCUUCCCUCUGCAAUUAAAAAUGAUGCUGAACUAAACCAUAACACAGAGGAGGAAGACAAGCCAUGAGAUUCCCUUUAUUUCAGGUUAAAAUUCAUAGGUUUUAAAUCAACCUGUACGAGUAGUGAACUACUGCAGAUGUGUAAGAAAAUCAUAAAGCUGUGUCUAACGUCUCCCUACACAGGGUUAUUGUGCACAGAAUGCCUUGUGAUUUA